GGGGCUUUGCCAUCUUGGGGCGCCCUGCGAAGCGGCGGCUGGGCGCGGGGGGACCUUGCGCUUCCCCCAUUGGAGCGAUCGGGGGUGGGACCCCGCGGUGCCGAGCCCCGGUCCGAGGCGGGACCUCGUGCGGACAAGUGAAGUCAGGGCUACGUGUCCAGACCCCCCCCCAGCCUCUGGAACUGGGAGCGGAGCCUUUUCUCGCCCGGUGCUUGGGCGGCGCCGGCUGCGGGCCGAGGGCAGCGCGGAUGGACCGUUUCUCUUAGGGUCUCCCCCUGCCCUGGGGGUCGGCGGUUGUUUUUCGGGGCGCCCGAGGAGCCUGCCUGCCGCAAUCAGCGAGACUCUGCACGGGCGGGAGGAGCAGCCCGAGCCGGCGGCGCGGACCGGGCAAAGGAUUAUAAAAGUCGGGGAAAGUUCCCUUCUCGCCCCCCUGCGGACCAUGGCAGGGGGCGGCCGCUGGCAGCCCCUGCUGUGCCUCCUCCUCGCUCUGCAGGGGACCCCCGGCGCCGGGGCUCAAGAUGAUGUUUCGCCGUAUUUCAAAACGGAGCCGGUUCGGAGCCAGGUCCACCUGGAAGGGAACCGCUUGGUCCUGACCUGCAUGGCCGAGGGCAGCUGGCCACUGGAGUUCAAGUGGCUUCACAACAACAAGGAGCUGACCAAGUUCUCUCUGGAAUACCGGUACAUGAUCACAUCCCUGGACCGCACCCAUGCCGGCGUCUACCGCUGCAUUGUCCGCAAUCGGAUGGGGGCCCUUUUGCAAAGGCAGACAGAAGUCCAGGUGGCAUACAUGGGCAGCUUCGAGGAGAGCGAGACGCACCAGAGCGUGUCCCACGGCGAAGCGGCCGUCAUCCACGCCCCCCGCAUUGCCAGCUUCCCCCAGCCCCAGGUCACCUGGUUCCGGGACGGCCGGAAAAUCCCCCCCAGCAGCCGCAUAGCCAUCACACUGGAGAACACCCUGGUCAUCCUGUCGACGGUGGCACCCGACGCCGGCCGGUACUACGUGCAGGCCGUGAACGACAAGAACGGAGAUAACAAGACGAGUCAGCCCAUCACUCUCACCGUGGAGAAUGUCGGCGGCCCGGCCGAUCCCAUCGCUCCCACCAUCAUCAUCCCGCCAAGGAACACCAGCGUGGUGACCGGCACCUCAGAAGUGACCAUGGAAUGCGUGGCCAAUGCCAGGCCGCUGAUGAAGCUGCACAUCGUCUGGAAGAAGGACGGGGCACCGCUGUCCAGCGGGCUCAGCGACUACAACCGCCGGCUCACCAUCCUCAACCCCACGCUGGGCGACAGCGGGUACUACGAGUGCGAGGCCGUGCUGCGCAGCAGCAGCGUGCCUGCCGUGGCGGAAGGGGCCUUCCUCGCCGUGCUGGAGCCGCCCCAGUUUGUCCAGGAGCCGGACAGGCAUGUCACGGCCGAGAUGGAGAAGGUGGUGACCAUCCCUUGCCAGGCCAAAGGCGUCCCGCCGCCAGCCAUGGCGUGGUACAAGGACGCGGCCCUUCUGCAAGUGGAGAAGCUCUCUCGGUUCCGGCUGCUGGGCGAUGGGAGCUUACAGAUCAGCGGGCUGGUACCCGAUGACACCGGCAUGUUCCAGUGCUUCGCCCGCAACGCCGCCGGCGAGGUGCAGACCUCCACGUACCUGGCAGUGACCAGCAUCGCUCCCAACAUCACCAAGGGCCCCCUUGACAGCACCGUGAUCGACGGCAUGUCCGUGGUUCUCAGCUGCGAGACCUCGGGGGCGCCACGGCCGGCCAUCACCUGGCAGAAAGGGGAGCGGAUCCUGGCCAGCGGCUCGGUGCAGCUGCCGCGCUUCACCCUGCUGGAGUCGGGCAGCCUCCUCGUCAGCCCCACGCACAUCACCGACGCCGGCAGCUACACCUGCUUGGCCACCAACUCCCGUGGGGUGGACGAGGCCUCUGCAGACCUUGUCGUGUGGGCCCGCACCCGCAUCACCAGCCCCCCUCAGGACCAGAGCGUCAUCAAGGGAACCAAAGCCUCCAUGAGCUGCGGUGUCACCCACGACCCCAGCGUGGCCGUCAGGUACAUCUGGGAGAAGGACGGCGUGCCCGUCAGCGUCGACGGCAUCCCGCGGCUCCGGCUGGACAAGGAGGGCACCCUGCACAUCUCCCAGACCUGGUCCGGGGACAUUGGCACCUACACCUGCCGGGUCCUCUCCGCCGGGGGCAACGACUCCCGCAGUGCCCACCUGCGCGUCAGGCAACUCCCCCAUGCCCCGGAGAACCCGGUGGCAACACUGAGCCCGCUGGAGAAGCGUUCCAUCAACCUGACGUGGGCCAAGCCGUUUGACGGGAACAGCCCCUUGCUGCACUACAUCCUCGAGGUCUCCGAGAACAAUGCCCCCUGGACCACCCUCAUGGCCAGCGUUGACCCCGAGGCGACCUCCGUGGUGGUGCGAGGCCUGGUGCCCGCACGCUCCUACCAGUUCCGCCUCUGCGCUGCCAACGACGUGGGCAAAGGGCAGUUCAGCCAGGACACCGAGAGGGUGUCCCUGCCGGAGGAGCCCCCCACUGCACCCCCCCAGAACGUCAUCGCCAGUGGCAGGACCAACCAGUCCAUCAUGAUCCAGUGGCAGCCACCUCCUGAGAGCCACCAGAAUGGCCUCCUGAAAGGCUACCUCAUCAGGUUCUGCCUGGCCGGCCUGCCCGUUGGCUACCAAUUCAAGAACAUCACCAGUGCCGAGGUCAACAACCUGCUCCUGGAGGAUCUCAUCAUCUGGACCAACUACGAGAUCGAGGUGGCGGCGUACAACAGCGCCGGCCUGGGGGUCUACAGCGCCAGGGUGACCGAGUGGACCCUGCAGGGAGUUCCCACCGUGCCCCCGGGCAACGUACAGGCCGAGGCCACCAACGCCACCACCAUCCGCUUCACCUGGAACCCGCCCAGCCCCCAGUUCAUCAAUGGCAUCAACCAGGGCUACAAGCUGAUCGCAUGGGAGCCGGAGCAGGCGGAGGAGGUGACCAUGGUGACGGUGAGGCCCAACUUCCAGGACAGCAUCCACGUGGGCUACAUCGGGGGCCUGAAGAAGUUCACGGAGUACUUCACCUCCGUGCUGUGCUUCACCACGCCGGGCGACGGCCCACGCAGCCCGCCGCAGCUGGUGCGCACCCACGAGGACGCGCCUGGCCCCGUGGGGCACCUCAGCUUCAGUGACAUCCUGGACACGUCGCUGAAGGUCAGUUGGCAGGAGCCCCUGGAGAAGAACGGCAUCCUGACAGGCUACCGGAUCUCCUGGGAGGAAUACAACCGCACCAACACACGCGUGACGCACUACCUGCCCAACCUCACCCUGGAGUACCGUGUCACCGGCCUCACCGCCCUCACCACCUACACCAUCGAGGUGGCCGCCAUGACGUCCAAGGGGCAGGGCCAGGUGUCCUCCUCCACCAUCUCCUCCGGGGUCCCUCCAGAGCUCCCCGGCGCGCCGACCAAUCUGGGCAUCUCCAACAUCGGCCCGCGCUCCGUCACGCUCCAGUUCAGGCCAGGCUACGAUGGGAAGACUUCCAUUUCCCGCUGGCUGGUGGAAGCUCAGGUGGGUCAGAUCGGCGAGAACGAGGAGUGGGAGCUCAUUCACCAGCUGGCCAAUGACCCCGACACCCGCUCCAUGGAGGUGCCCAACCUCCACCCGUACAUGUACUACAGCUUCCGCCUCCGGCAGGUGAACAUCGUGGGCACCAGCCCGCCCAGCGUGCCCUCCAGGAGGAUGCAGACCCUGCAGGCUCCCCCAGAUGUGGCACCCGCCAACGUCACCCUGCGGACAGCCAGCGAGACCAGCCUAUGGCUGCGCUGGAUGCCGCUCCCGGAGCUGGAGUACAACGGGAACCCGGAGUCGGUGGGCUACAGGCUGCGGUACACGCGGGCGGACGGGCGGGGCAGGACGGUGGCGCACGUGAUCCACGACCGGGUGGAGCGGGAGUACACCAUCGAGGACCUGGAGGAGUGGACGGAGUACCGCGUGCAGGUGCAGGCCUUCAACGCCAUCGGGGCUGGGCCCUGGAGCCACGUCGUGCUGGGACGCACCAGGGAGUCAGUCCCCUCGUCUGGCCCAACCAACGUGUCCGCGCUGGCCACCACCUCCAGCAGCAUGCUGAUCCGAUGGAACGAGAUCCCCGAGGCGGAUCGCAACGGGCUCAUCCUGGGCUACAAGGUCGUGUACAAGGAGAAGGACUCGGAUGCUCGGGCCCAGUUCUGGCCGGCUGAGGGGAAUGCCUCCCGCAGCGCCCAGCUCGCGGGCCUGGGCAAGUACGUGCUGUACGAGAUCCGCGUGCUGGCCUUCACCCGCAUUGGAGACGGCGUGCCCAGCUCCCCGCCCAUCCUGGAGAGGACUCUGGACGAUGUGCCUGGGCCCCCAGUGGGCAUCCUCUUCCCAGAAGUGAGGACCACCUCAGUCCGGCUGAUCUGGCAGCCUCCAGCCGCGCCUAACGGCAUCAUUCUAGCGUACCAGAUCACCCACCGCCUGAACACCACCAGCGCCAACGCCGCCACCGUGGAGGUGCUCAACCCCAGCGCCCGCCAGUACACGGCCACCGGCCUGCAGCCGGAGUCGACCUACCUCUUCCGCAUCACUGCGCAGACCCGCAAAGGCUGGGGCGAGGCGGCCGAGGCAUUGGUGGUGACCACUGAGAAGAGAGACCGCCCGCAGCCCCCCAGCAAGCCCAUGGUGCAGCAGGAGGACGUGAAGGCCCACAGCGUGCUGCUGUGCUGGGAACCGGGCAGCGACGGCCUCUCCCCGGUCCGGUACUACACUGUGCAGACCCGCGAGCUGCCAGCUGGCGAGUGGACACUGCACUCCGCCUCAGUCAGCCACAACGCCACCUCCUUUGUCGUGGACAGGUUGAAGCCCUUCACCUCCUACAAGUUCCGUGUCAAGGCGAUCAACGACAUCGGGGACAGCGAAUACAGCCAGGAGUCGGAGUCACUCACCACCCUGCAGGCUGCCCCAGAGGAAGCCCCCACCAUCCUCUCGGUCACGCCUCACACCACCACCUCCGUCCUGAUCCGCUGGCAGCCCCCCGCCGAGGACAAGAUCAAUGGGAUCCUGCUGGGUUUCCGGAUCCGCUACCGAGAGCUGGUCUACGACGGGCUGCGCGGCUUCACCACACGCAGCCUCAGCAGCCCCGGCGCCAAGUGGGCGGAGCUCACCCCAGGGUAUGCCGUGCGGAACCUGACCGGAGCUGGCCUCACGCACCACGAACUGGACAAUCUGAGCAAGCACAGGCGUUACGAGAUCCGCAUGAGUGUGUACAACGCCGCAGGCGAGGGGCCCUCCAGCCCCCCCCAGGAGGUCUUCGUAGGCGAGGCAGUGCCCACUGCACCGCCACAGAAUGUGGCCAUUCAGACCGCCACGGCCACCCAGCUGGACGUCACGUGGGAGCCGCCGCCCCUGGAAGCACAGAAUGGCGACAUCCAGGGCUAUAAGAUCUAUUUCUGGGAGGCCCAGCGCCAGAAUGGCACGGAGCGGGUGAAGACACUGUUCCUGCCAGAGAAUGGGGCCAAGCUGAAGAACCUCACGGGAUACACCUCGUACCUGAUCACCGUCUCAGCCUUCAACGCCGCCGGGGACGGGCCCCGCAGUGCCCCCGUCAGGGGCAGGACGCAGCAGGCAGCCCCCAGCGCCCCCAGCACCAUCCGAUUCAGUGAGCUGACCACCACCUCGGUGAACGUUUCCUGGGAGCCACCUCUGCUGCCCAAUGGCGUCCUGGAAGGGUACAGGCUUGUCUAUGAGCCCUGCACGCCUGUGGACGGCGUGAGUAAGAUCGUGACGGUGGACGUGAAGGGGAGCAGCCCCCUAUGGAUGAAGGUGAAGGACCUAGCGGAGGGCGUGACGUACCGGUUCCGGAUCCGGGCCAAAACCUUCGCCUACGGGCCCGAGAUCGAGGCCAAUAUCACCACGGGGCCGGGGGAAGGUGCCCCCGGACCACCAGGUGAGCCCUUCAUCUCCCGGUAUGGCUCAGCCAUCACUAUCCACUGGGCGAAUGGGGAUCCUGGCAAGGGGCCCAUCACCCGAUACGUCAUCGAGGCCCGGCCCUCAGAUGAGGGGCUGUGGGACAUCCUCAUCAAGGACAUCCCCAGGGAGGUGACCUCCUACACCUUCAGCAUGGACAUCCUCAAGCAGGGGGUCAGCUACGACUUCCGGGUCAUCGCAGUCAAUGACUACGGCUAUGGGACACCCAGUGCACCCUCCCCUUCCGUCUCAGCCCAGAAAGCCAACCCCUUCUACGAGGAGUGGUGGUUCCUGGUGGUCAUCGCCUUGAUCGGGCUCAUCUUCAUCCUCCUGCUGGUCUUCGUCCUCAUCAUCCGCGGUCAGAGCAAGAAGUAUGCCAAGAAAUCAGACUCAGGGAACAACUCCAAGGCAAACGCGCUGAGCCACGGGGAGAUGGUGAGUCUGGACGAGGGCAGCUUCCCUGCCUUGGAGCUCAACAACCGGCGCCUCUCUGUCAAGAACUCCUUCUACAGGAAGAACGGGAUCUACACCAGAGCUUCCGUGUCCCUGCCGAGGUCCCCGCCGCGGCCCAGCCCUGGGAGCCUGCAUUACUCCGACGAGGACGUCACCAAGUACAAUGACCUCAUCCCGGCCGAGAGCAGCAGCCUGACGGAGAAGCCCUCAGAAAUCUCGGACUCCCAGGGGAGCGACAGCGAGUACGAAGUGGAUCAGAACCACCAGAAGGCCCACUCCUUCGUCAACCACUACAUCAGCGACCCGACCUACUACAAUUCCUGGCGGCGCCAGCAGAAGGGCAUCUCCCGGGCCCAGGCUUACAGCUACACGGAGAGCGAUUCCGGCGACCCCGACCACUGCCCCUUGUCCAACAGCACCAGCACCCAGCAAGGCAGCCUCUUCCGGCCCAAAGUCAGUAGGACUCCAACCCCCCAGACACCCGUCAACACCCCCAGCCAGCAGAGCACCCUGUACCGCCCCCCCAGCAGCCUGGCGCCGGGCUCUCGAGCCCCCAUUGCAGGAUUUUCUUCUUUUGUUUGAUGGUUUCAAAAGAAAUAAAGAAAAGCGAAAAAGGAGAAAAAAUCCCAAACCCACGUUUACGUCCAGAGUUAUUUUUUCCGAGGCGACGGAGACGUCCCGGCAGGGCGAGCCCAGCGCCGGCCGGGGAGAGACAAGCAGACCCGGUUCGGAUUCUAAUCAUUUGCUGCUUCCAGAGGCGCUUGGAGCCCGAUAGAAGAGGAACCCCUUGAAAGGACCUUUGCAAAAGCUUGCAGUCCAGCUGGGGGGGCCUCCUCUUCUCUCUGAGGCUGAGGCACGGAGAGGAAAGUCACAGGGUAAAGGACGGCAGCAGGCGGGCUCCCGGAUGACUCUGGUGUCUCCACAUGGGGCUGGCUCCUUGCAGGCGGGUUUACUCAAGGGCCUUUGCUAACAGGACAAACCCACCCCUUUUUGGCCAAAGCUUUCUUUGUGCAAUCCCUGAGAGGCCACCUAGCUAGCGGCAACCCGUGGCAUCCAAAGGAGCGGGGCGUGGAAGUGCCGUCUGCCAGCGUGGUCACACAAGACUUCAACCAGCGAACCCACGCCACUGACCAAUGGUGUCCUUGGCCCAGCACGGCAGAGCCUGAUGUGGGAUGGGAACGGUGCUGCUCUUCCACUCAGCGUUAGGUGGGAACAACGCCUGCGGGCCCUUGCUUCUCAGUGGGCCGCGGACGUGCCCGAUGGCCCGUGUGCUGGACGUGGGACCCGCUUUGCCAGUCUGCCCACUCGGCUCGCCAGUCCCUCCUCUGCCCGUUGCCUCUCCUGUCUCCCCGUGACAUGCCAUGUCAGAGUGUGGAAAAGUGACAAACCGAAACACACAGCCCAUAUGCAGCCAUUUGGUUUGCUGUUUUGGGGCGGGAUGUGGUGGGUGGAGAGUGGAUUUGGGAGGGACGGGGAUGCUGGAGUUGUAAUCGAUUUACUUGAAUCCUUCUGGAGGAGACAUCCCCCUCCCAGCCCCCCUUAUCCCUGGCAAGAAGUGCUGCCUUCUGGGGAGGGGGCCUCUGUGGCCGAACUGCACCAUGGGGCAGGAGACCAGCAUGGGGAGGGUUGCUUAUCGGCACCGACAUUUGGUUUGGGGCGGCAAUUCAUUUCUUCCUUCCUUGGCCCCAUCCUGGAGUGGGGGAGAGAAAGGAAAAUGCCCCGGGGCCCGGGAUGGUUGUGGGGCAAGAUGUAUCCUCCGCCUACAAUGUGGUCCUCUCCCCCGGCUUGGGACGGAUGCCGCCCCUUUAACUCCAGCAGAACAGUGGGGCGGGGCAGGGCAGGGCGGGGCUUUGCUGGCGUGAUGGAUUGGCAGCCAAAGUCUUUGUUUGUGUUCUGUUUUAGUGCCCAGGUUUGGCGGGGGAUGCGAGGGGAAGGGGCCAGAACCGGGAGGAGGGGGAUCGGUGGUGGUGGUUGUUUCCAGCAUUGCAAAACACACAGUGCCUACUCGUCAGCUGGAUCCCGAACUUCUCAGCCGUCCUCCCUUCCGCACGGGUGCAAAGUACGAGUGGAGGGUCCGGCUGUCCCCCACUGUGUCCCUGUCCUUCUGUGGAUGGGGUCCGGAGCUGUCACCGUGGUGAUUGGCUCCAUCCAUGAUGCCCACGAGCUCUCGCCCGUAUUUGCACAUUCUCGGCCCAGGCUGGUUGACAGAGGAUUGAACCUGGUGCGUGGGGUCCCUUUAAUAAAGACUCAAAAGCA